CACCGGGAGCCAACAUUCGGUACUCUCUCAGUCGCUCCGACUCGGGAACCAAUCGUCCAGAGUACCAGUCAGCGGAGAUAGCAGGCAGUAUUUCACCCUCUCAGGCUAACUCGCUUUCGGCUUUGGUUUGAAAUGGACACCCCUACAACCGCUCGGAGCAGACAAUGCUCAUUCAUGCGCACCUGCAAAAGCGGACUCUCCCUGUGGCUGGUGGUGUGGCUGGUCCUCGGCAAGCCCGGUUCGUCGGGGGCGUGCCCGCAUCUAUGCGUGUGCUACCCGACUCCCAUGACCGUGAGCUGCCAGGCGCAGAACUUCACCUCCGUGCCGGUCGGCGUGCCCUACGACUCGCAGCGUGUGUUCCUACAGAACAACCGAAUUACGGAGCUCAGAGUCGGCUCUUUCGGCUUCGGGACUCAGGUUCUGUGGCUGUUCUCCAACAACAUCACAUGGAUUGAGGCUGGCUCCUUCAGUGAACUGAGGGAUCUAGAGGAGCUGGACCUGGGGGACAACUCUCACCUGCGCAGGCUGGAAGGAGGCGCCUUCAGGGGCCUGGAGAAACUCCAGAGUCUCCACAUGCACCGCUGCAAGCUUACCGCCCUGCCCCAUGACCUGUUCCACAAGCUAUACAGCCUGCAGUUCCUCUACCUGCAGGAGAACCAGCUCCACUUCCUCCAGGAUGACCUCUUCUCUGACCUCAUCAACCUGAGCCAGCUCUUCUUGCAUGGAAACCGUAUCCGUACUCUGUCGGAGAACGUGUUCCGUGGCCUGGUCAACCUGGACCGCCUUCUUCUCCACGACAAUCGUGUGCGCCAGGUUAACCGCCGGGCGUUCCGCGACCUCGGACGCCUGACCAUGCUCUUCCUGUUCAACAACUCAUUGGCUGAGCUCCCCGGCCAGGCUCUCCGUGACACCCAGGGCAUCGAGUUCCUCCGUCUCAAUGGGAACCCCUGGUCCUGUGGCUGCGAGGCCCUCCCCCUGUGGGAGUGGUUCCGUGGCGCCCGCGUCUCAUCGUCCGAGCUGUUGUGUUCCUCCCCGUCCCCCCGCCGCGGGAUGGACCUCCGCUUCCUCCGUGAGAUGGACUUCGCCCUCUGCCCUCUCCCCGACCCUGGCACCCUGGCCGGCUCCACCACGAGGACCUUCAGCACCAAGACAAGAUGGUGGUUCUCCAAGCACAAGCCCCAGUCCCAGACCAAGGCAGUGUUCGAGAAGAGCUCCGAGACCAUCAAGGCCUUCCCGUUCCCCCAAGGAAAGAACAAGCCACCCAUCGUGUCCUCCACCAACGUCAAGUACGAGCUCGGUGAGGAAGAGGCAGCACUACCCAAACUCGACGCUGAGGAGUACUGGGCGAACUAUGAGAACGAGGACGCCGGCACCACGCUGCGAUGCUUCGAGCUCGAGUGUCCGCCUGACUUCGAUGGCCUCCCUCCCAACUCCUCCUCCACCCCCACAUCAUCCCCCUCUCUCUCACUCCUCCUCGCCCUCUCGCUACUCGCCGUCUCCAUCAAUCUACACCUCAUAUUUGGCUGAAUCAGACUGAGUACCCACUUCCCGUUCCUGUCUUCGCCCCGGCCCCUCUCAGGGCAUGGGGAACCCCUUGUUAAAGACUCUGUACCUCCCUAGUUAACCCUCUGAUGUCCUACUGGAUAACCUCUGUCAGUAGUACAGGACAGCAGGGGAUACAAAGGGGGGGUUAGAUUGUUACUUCUAACUUAAUGCAGGGUUAAACAACAAUGGCUGACAGUACAUAGUACAAUAUAGUACAGUACAGUAGUCAACCAAGGCUGUUACUACAACAGGUGCAUCUCACCUGUCUGGUGUGUUGGUUGCCGUGACGACGCCUGCAAUCAGGGGUCAGUGGUCACCUGUAACGCUCUACAGCUAACACCAGUGCUACUUACUGUUGCGAAUGCUAUAACUGUUGUCACUUGGAGGAAUAUUACAACUACAAGUGCAACGACUAUUAUAUGCAUGUUACGACUACUACUAUUCCGAAUACGUCUGCUACUACAAGUGCUAUGAUUACAGUUACGACAGUAUCUACAUUUCUAUUGUUGUACAAACUCUGACAACUGUACUGUAAAUAGGUGGGUGUACUUGAUGGUGCAGUGCAGUUGGGAUAUCCUUCUUAUAUGUUGUCUACCAUGAUGCCUCCUUUAUAAUGGAAUGUUUACAGAGAAAUCGCUAAGGGGAGAGAGAAAAGAAGGGAUGAAGGAAUGAAAGAGAGGCAGUCACCAGAGUACGAGAAGGUGAGAGAGGAUAUGUAGAGAGAUAUGUAAAGGUAGAGAGAGAGAAAGUCAGAGAGAGUGAUGAGUUAAAAAGAUACCAAAGAAAGAAGCUCGAGGACAGAGAGGGUGGAAGAAGGGUGGAAGAGAAGAGAAGAAAGAGCAACAGGAAAGGACAGAGAGGGUGGAAGAAGGGUGGAAGAGAAGAGAAGAAAGCGCAACA